AUCACAAAAUAUUGAGGUUAUGUUUAAACGUCAAAACACGUAAACAUUCAUUAAAGGCUGUUAAAGGAUAAAAUUGUAUUUAAACAAUAUUUAAUUUAAAUAUGAAUGUUAUAUCGGCAGUUAAGGCUUAUAUAGUCAAAAUGACUGAAGAAAGUGAACCCGGUAUGAAAGUUUUACUGAUGGAUAAAGAAACUACGAGCAUAGUCAGUAUGGUUUAUGGCCAAAGCGAGAUUCAACAAAAAGAGGUGUUUCUCUUAGAAAGAAUAGACUCUCCUAAUUACUCUAAUUCCACAGGCUUGAGGUACUUGAAGUGUCUCGUUUUCUUGCGCCCCACACAACAGAAUAUUGAGUUGCUCUGUACAGAAUUACGGAACCCAAAAUAUGGAGCUUACUAUAUUUAUUUCUCUAAUAUUGUUGCUAAGGCUGAUAUUAAAAUACUGGCCGAAAACGACGAACAAGAAGUUGUUAAAGAAGUUCAAGAACUCUACAUGGAUUAUCUAGCUGUAAAUCCCCAUUUGUUUUCAAUGGGUAUUCCGAUGUGUUUGAAUGCGAUAAAUACAACAGAAAUAACUUGGAACCAUGCAGCUUUACAGAGAACUAUACAAGGCUUAGUUUCUGUCCUUUUGUCUGUUAAAAAAUCUCCCAUUAUUCGAUAUCAAGCUAACUCAAAAUUAGCUAAAGACUUGGGAAACCGUGUUGAUGAAACAAUGAAUAAAGAAUCGUCCUUAUUUGCUUUUGACCAAAGUGGACAUAGUCUUUUACUUAUAUUGGAUAGGCGAGAUGAUCCAAUAACACCCCUUUUAAAUCAGUGGACGUAUCAAGCGAUGGUGCAUGAAUUGUUAACAAUUAAUAAUAACAGAGUAAGCCUGUCUGGUACUCCAGGAGUGUCUAAGGAGUUGUCAGAAGUUGUUCUCUCAGCUGAACAGGAUGACUUUUACAAAGAUAAUAUAGUAAAGAACUAUGGCGAAAUCGGUCAGAAUAUCAAGGAACUUAUGGACAAAUUUCAGGCAAAAGCAAAAAGUCAUCAAAAAAUCGAAAGUAUAGCAGAUAUGAAGAACUUUGUCGAGUCCUAUCCCCAGUUUAAAAAACUGUCUGGAAACGUAACCAAACACGUCACGGUAGUAGGCGAGUUGAGCACUAGAGUGAACAAGUACCAUUUGCUAGAGGUCUCGGAGGUUGAACAAGAAAUUAGUUCGCAAAACGACCAUUCAGGUCACUUGUCUAGCAUCAAAAAACUGAUUCAUAAUGAUAAAAUCAGACACACCGACGCGGCCAAACUUGUGAUGCUUUACGCCUUGAGAUACCAAAACCACAGUAACAAUGAGAUCCCUGGUCUUAUAGAUUUGUUAGAAAAAAGAGGAGUGUCAGAUAAACUUAUAAAAGACAUAAUUUACCUUCUAGAGUACGCAGGUUCACACGCCAGGCAAAGUAAUCUAUUCAACGUUGAAAAUGCCGUUAAAAUAACCAAAAGGUUUUUCAAAGGUUUGAGCGGUGUUGAUAAUGUUUUUACACAGCACAAACCUUUACUACACGAUACACUCGAAGAUCUUAUUAAAGGGAGACUAAGAGAUAAUUUGUACCCUAUCGUCGGAAAUCAUUCUAGCGGUAUCAGAGCGCUGGAUAUAAUAAUAUUUAUUAUAGGAGGGGCUACGUAUGAAGAAAGCCUGGCAGUUCAUAAUUUGAACAGCAGUUAUCCUAGUUUUAAUAUUGUUUUAGGAGGUACAAAUAUUCACAAUUCUAGCAGUUUUCUGGAUGAAAUCGAAAAUGCCUUUAGGAACGUUGAUAUGACGAAGAGAAGGCAUACGAGGCAUAUUCGAAACGUUAAAUUUGAUUUCAAAUAGUAUAGUUUAUAGAUAGAUUUUACCCCCGUAUAUGUAUAUAAAAUUAUUGUUUAAUAUUUAUAUUAUUUUAUGUUGUGUUUAUCAGAUAAUAAAAAUAUUACUGGAGCAGUGAAAA